AUGACAGCUUUCCAAGCCGUGCAUUGGUUUGAUUUUGACUCGUUUACGACUGAAUGCACUCGAGUCCUGUGCCCUAAUGGUGUGCUCGCAAUGAUAGGCUAUAACCUCCCCGAACCCAUCGACCCCUGGAAUCCGGACGACCGAAGUCUAGUGGAGUUGAUGUACGACUUGUACACCGACGAGAGGUUAGCGCCGUUCAAGAACCCAAAGAUAGUGCCCCUCGAGAGACACUACCGAGACAUCAAACUUCCCGAUAAUUACGAGUUGAGUCUUAAGGAUAAUAACUGGACGUCGAAACGAGUGGCGGCGCAGGACAUUGUGGGUUAUGUGCAGUCGUGGUCACUAUAUCAAGGCCUGCAAAACGCUGAUAGAGAGACGGCUGAACUCCUCACUCAGGAAGUGAUACACCGAUUGAAGUCUAUACUCAAAAUCAGCAAAGCUCACGCAGACAUUUACGCCCGAUUCAGACCAGCGGUUCCCGAAGAAGUGGUGCACAAAGUGGUCCACUAUUUGGCUGAUAAACUGCCCCCAGAUGUCGAAGAAGAUAAUACGAAUCGCUGGACGACAGGUGUGGACGUCGGGUGCGGUAGCGGUCAGGGAACCAAUGCUAUGGCCAAACACUUUGCCAACUGUUAUGGCUUUGACGUGAGUCCCGCGCAGAUCGAGGCCGCCAUCCGCUCAACACAUCCCUCUAAUGUCUGCUAUCAGGUAUGUCCGGCAGAGAGUAUGCCAUCGAUUGAGACAAAUAGUGUCCAAAUGGUCACUGCCUUCGAGUGCUUCCAGUAUUUCGAUUACAAGAAAUUUAUGGAAGAGUGCACUCGAGUGCUGGUCGACAACGGAGUGGUGGCAGUCAUCGGGUAUUUCAUACCCGACCCGUCCGACCCUUUAGAGCCCAAUCGCGACCCAAGUCUCGUGGAUCUGAUGCAAGAGUGCUAUAAUAGCGACCGAUUGGCCGCUUAUAAGUCACCGAAUGUGGCGUCUGUUGAGAAGCACUACAAGAACGUGACGUUUCCCACAAAUUAUGAGUCCAAACACGUCGACCAUAUCAUCGCUUCCGUCCCAGUGUUGGCCGAAGAUAUGGUGGGACUCAUAGAGUCGUGGUCUUCAUUCCAGAAAUUGGUCAAAGCGGACAAAGAGUCCGCACAACUCUUCCGGCGAGAGAUCAGAGAGAAAUUGUCGGCGAUUUUAAAGACCAACGACUUGUCCGCUAAAGAGAUAGUCUUUAAUUACACUGCAAAUCGGAUGCAGAUCUCAAACCUGUUUUAUCCCAAUGUUUCCCUAAGAACCAAGAAAUCUAAAGCGAGUGAUAAGUCGAGUGUUAAGACACUCACCGAUAAAACCAAUAAAGGAAUCACUGCUCAGAAACCAAAGCCUAAAAGUCCCACAAAAGCCAAAGAAAUCGAGUCUUUGAAACAAUCAUUGAGAGAAAGUCAGUCUUCGAAACAAUCGAAAGGCUCACUAAAGACCAAGAAAUCGAAAGCGAGUGAUAAGUCGAGUGUUAAGACACUCACAGAUAAAACCAAUAAAGGAAUCACUGCUCAGAAACCAAAGCCUAAAAGUCCCACAAAAGACCGAAAGACUGUGAGUCCGGACAAGACUUUGCCUAAGACUGUGAGUCCGGACAAGACUUUGCCUAAGACUGUGAGUCCGGACAAGACUUCGCCUAAGACUGUGAGUCCGGAUAAGACUUCGCCUAAGACUCGGUCCCCGAAAUCGGGAAAUAGUGGUCCGAUUGUCACCAAUUGUUCCAAUGGUGUAAAUGACACCAAAUCUCAAUUCGACGCCAAAGCCAUCAUAUUUAGGGCAUCCGCUCUACGAGAGAAUGAUUGGCUCAUCGUUUUGAGCAAAAAUGGUCCGAAUAUAUCGUGUUAUUCACCGAAAUUGGGACCAAAUUCUGUACUCGAAUACGAUUUGGAGAAAUGCAAAGAACACGUGAAAAGAGAUCCACUAUUUCUUCAAACGAUGAAUCCGUCGGUUGUGAAGACAAUCGAUGGGAUCGUUGACUAUGGAACCGAUACUGAACUCCGGGGACAUUACGUAUUCUUCAGUCGACCCAAUGGUCCCGUCUAUUGCCUACAAUUCAUUGGAGAACCAGAUAUUGACUGCAAAUUGGAGAAGAAUUUCAUACAUGUUUUACCCGAUUGUUUCCCACCGCCCACAACAGAGCCGUCCACUGAUUCGGGUUUUUGGGCUACUUUCUGGAGUGUGAUUGCAAUCGUUAGCAUUAUUAUUGUAAUCAUGAUUGUAAUCAUUUCCGUCCUGUAUUGGAAGGGCUUUUUACCAGAAGUGAUUAGCAAACCCAUUGAGAUUAGACUUUUAAACUAUCAAAUUAACAAAUUGAAAGCAGAGAUGAAAGACGUUUCCAAAAAUGUGGCCGAAUGUCAGGCGAUUAACGAGAAGAAAAGGAAUGACUUUCCAAACCUAACGGAUGAUGAAUUUGAGAAACAUAUGGCCGCCAAUCAAACAGCUUUGAAUACAUUUGAAGGGCGAGAACAGGCUCUCAAAAUGGAGAUAUCGGGAAAGCAUGUGAGACGCGGACUGUUGGAGGGCAAGGAAUUGACGGUCGGCCGGGGAAUGGGGGCCGGUGAACAUAUGGUGGCACAUAUGAAAAAUUUUGAACAAACUGGUGAAGUGCGCCCUCCAAGCGGUGCAGUGCCCCCUCAACCCCCAGGUGGCAAACAACCCCCUCAACCCCCAAGUGGUGGGGCAGUCGGUGGUGCGCAACCGGGCGAUGAAAUUCCCAAAACAGAUGAAGAAAUAGAAGUGGAAAGAGAAUUUCUGGCCAUCAGCACAAAGAUUACGGCCGAUUUGGCAGAGUUUAAAGACAAGAAUGCGAAACUAAAACGGGAGCGAUCGGCCGAAGUACCAGAUGAGGCGCUCAUCGCUCGACUCCAAGCCCGAAUCGAUAAAUUACAUGACAGACAACAAAGUCAGUUCGCUUAUCGCAAUGAGAAAGAGGCCGAAUUGAAUCGACUGGCAGAGGCGAGGAUUGCCGCCGCUCGGACUGUGAGUGCGGACGUUCAUCCGGCGCCGCCUUCUUCUUAA